AUGAAUCAGAGUGGAGUGACUGCCGAAACGCCCAAGAGCCCGUGGGGCGUGUCGGCGCCGGCCGCGUCGACGUGCUCGCUGGCGGACGUGAUGAGCGAGCAGCUGGCUAGGCAGCUGCAAGAAGACGACGGCGUCCCGGCCGAGUCAGUCGCCAACGCCGCGUCGUCGUUGUUGCUCGACGACGCCGGGGACACCGCCAGCGACUUGAUGCUGGCCCAGAUGCUUCAGAUGCAGUACGACCGAGAGUUCGACGAUCAGCUGAGGCGGGAGGAGAGGAAGUUCAACGGAGACAGCAAAGUGUCCAUUUCGUUUGAGAACUACCGCAUGGUUCACCCUUACGAGGACAGCGACAGCUCCGAGGACGAGGUGGACUGGCAGGACACUCCGCGUGACCCCUACAGGGCCGCCAAGCCCCAGACGACGCCCAGACGAGGUUUCGCCGGGAAAGGGAAAAACAUCACCACCAAACACGACGCGGAGACGUGCGGCAGGAAGAACACGGCUCGCAUGGAAAACUUCGCUCCCGAGGUGCAAGUGGGCGACGGGCUGGGAAUGGACCUCAAGCUGUCCAAUCGGGUCUUCAACUCGCUCAAGCAACACUGCGUCAGCGAGCAGCGGCGAAGCGCCAGACUGCACGAAAAGAAGGAACACUCCACCGCCGAGCAAGCGGUGGACCCUCGCACUCGUCUGCUCAUGUACAAGAUGGUCAACGCCGGCACGCUGGAGAGCAUCAACGGCUGCAUCAGCACCGGCAAAGAGUCCGUGGUCUUCCACGCCAACGGAGGAAGCCUGGACGAGCGGCCGAUCCCGGACGAGGUGGUCCUGAAGGUCUUCAAGACCACCCUGAACGAGUUCAAGAACCGUGACCGCUACAUCAAAGACGACUACCGCUUCGUCGACCGCUUCACCAAGCUCAACCCGCGCAAGAUCAUCCGCUUGUGGGCCGAGAAGGAGAUGCACAACCUUGCCAGGAUGAAGAAGGCGGGUCUUCCGUGUCCCGACGUGGUUUUGCUAAGGAAGCACAUCCUGGUGAUGUCCUUCAUCGGACAAGAUCACGUCCCCGCCCCGAAACUGAAAGAUGCCGUUUUGAGUGCCGACGACAUGAGGGAAGCCUUCCGGCAGGUUCUGCACAUGAUGAAGACGCUGUUUGUGGAGUGUCAUCUGGUCCACGCUGACCUCAGCGAGUACAACAUGUUGUGGCACCAACAAAAGGUGUGGUUGAUCGACGUCAGCCAGUCGGUGGAGCCGACUCACCCUCACGGCCUGGAGUUCCUCUUUCGCGACUGCAGGAACGUUUCCACGUUCUUCCAGAAACGAGGCGUGAGCGAGGCGCUGGGCAUCUUUGAGCUUUUCAACGCCGUGUCGGGACUCGACAUUCCCAUCGGGGCCGAGAACGAGGCGGAGUUUGUCGCUCAGAUCGUGGCCUUGGAGAAGAGGAACGAGGACCACAUUCAGCGGCGAGGAAAGAAAACCUUCGCGGCGACGGUGUCCGAGGAGGAGGAAGACCACGACGACGAAGAAGAGGAGGGCGGCGACCCUCCGUUAGAAGCCGACGCCCACGACUAA